CUUCUCCGCCCGUUCCCCGGCUCAGGUUGGCCGCGAGGACGGUGGGAAGAUGGCCUCUGUGCUGCCAAAGGUGGAGAAGCUGUCGGCGCGGGUGAUCCGCGUCCUAGGCUGUAACCCCGGGCCUAUGACGCUACAGGGGACCAACACCUACUUGGUGGGAACCGGGCCCAGAAGGAUCCUUAUAGAUACAGGAGAGCCAUCUAUCCCUGAAUAUAUAAGCUGUUUGAAACAAACACUCAGUGAAUUCAGGAUUUCCAUCCAGGAAAUUUUGGUAACUCAUUGGCACCAUGAUCACACUGGAGGCAUAUCUGGUAUUUGUGAAAGCAUUCCAACCUGUUAUGAGUAUUGCAUAAGUAAGCUUCCACGUAACCCACAUCAAGAAGAAGUAAUACAAGGAAAGCAGAAGUAUGCAUACUUAAGAGAUGGAGAUGUUUUAAGUACAGAGGGAGCUACUCUCAGAGUAUUAUAUACCCCAGGGCAUACGGAUGACCACAUGGCUUUACAUCUGCUAGAAGAAAAUGCCAUAUUUUCUGGCGAUUGUAUCUUAGGAGAAGGAACAGCUGUGUUUGAAGACCUUUAUGACUACAUGAAAUCAUUGGAAAAGCUCCUAGAAAUGAAAGCUGAUUUAAUAUACCCAGGACAUGGUCCAGUAGUAAAAGAAGCAAGAGCUAAAAUUCAGGAAUACAUUUUACAUAGGAAUGCACGUGAGCAGCAAAUCCUACGUGUCCUGGAUGAAAAUGCGGGGAAAUCUCUCACAGCAGGGGAACUUGUGAAAAUCGUUUACAAGGACACACCUGACCACUUGCAUAAAGUUGCAGAAAUUAAUCUCAAACAUCACUUGAAGAAACUAGAAAAAGAAGGGAAAGUGUUAUAUGAAAAUUCUCCUAACCUCAAGUGGAAAAGCGUUUUAUAAAUAUGGCACAUUUCUACGUUUGGCAAACAUAUGCUCUUCUAUAUUCUGAAGUGAAAAGCACUAACAUUUAUCUUUUGAUAGAACGUUAAAAAAAAGUGUUUCGCUCUAAUGGGAAAUGCGUAAGUACCUCAGAAUGAUCUACUACAAGAAUGAGUCCAUUGAAUGUUGUUUUUCUGCUUUUCGUCAAAGUGAAUAAAAUAAAGGGCAGUUGUUCAAAUAUCAGUAUGUGUAACUUUCGAUGAAAAUACAUACUAAUGCUUCUAAACAUAAUUCCAGACUAACUGCAUAUAAAUCACAUAUACAAAUGGACCUGUAUUUUCUGUUAUUAAUGUGAUUAAAUAAUAACUUGUCAGGGAGCCAUUGGAAGAAUCAUUCAGGGUGGAACAAGUGAAUUGUUUAUUUCAAAACAAAAUAGUCAAAACUUCCUCUGGCUCACUUGAAUAAUUUUGCAACACAAACAGUUUGGUUCAGGUAAUGUUAAUUAAACUUGUAUGCCACCUGACGCUCAGCAGUAUGAGGGUUUAAGAUGAUUUCUUUAUUAAGACAUAUAUGAAAUAUGUAAUUUAAUUUCCUUUAUGAUAUUUAUAUAACCCAAUAUAAUUAAUAUUUUGGUUCAUAUUUAGUUUUCUUCCUUUUUUAUGUAUUAUAACCAUUAUAACUGUUGUAUACUUUUUCAGGACCUUUUUUUUUUAACUUGACUGGAAAAAGACUGAAAUACUAUAGAAUAGGAUUUGUAUAGAUUAGUAAACACGACCAGUAUGAUAACAUUCACCAUCACUUUAAAUACAGUUGAAUAAAGGUGUGAAACAGUA